GGGGGACAUGAGGUCGGAGAAGUCGCUGGCGCUGGCGGCGCCCGGGGAGGCGCCCGGGCCCGAGGGAGAGCAACAGGGUGCGGGCGACUUCCCGGAGGCCGUUGGCGGGGACGCGGGGGUCGCGGGGGCCGCGGGGGGCUGCUGCAGCAGCGAGCGGCUGGUGAUCAACAUCUCGGGGCUGCGCUUCGAGACGCAGCUGCGCACCCUGGCGCUGUUCCCCGACACGCUGCUGGGGGACCCGGGCCGCCGCGUCCGCUUCUUCGACCCGCUGCGCAACGAGUACUUCUUCGACCGCAACCGGCCCAGCUUCGAUGCCAUCCUCUACUACUACCAGUCCGGGGGCCGGCUGCGGCGGCCGGUCAACGUGCCGCUGGACAUCUUCCUGGAGGAGAUCCGCUUCUACCAGCUGGGGGACGAGGCGCUGGCCGCCUUCCGCGAGGACGAGGGCUGCCUGCCCGAGGGCGCGGACGACGAGAAGCCGCUGCCCGCGCCGCCCUUCCAGCGCCAGGUCUGGCUGCUCUUCGAGUACCCCGAGAGCUCGGGCCCCGCGCGGGGCAUCGCCAUCGUCUCGGUGCUGGUCAUCCUCAUCUCCAUCGUCAUCUUCUGCCUGGAGACGCUGCCCCAGUUCCGCGCCGACGGCCGAGGCGGCAACCACGGCGGCGUAGGGGGCGGCGGUGCCGGCGGCGGCGGCGGCCUGGGCGCAGGGGGCAGCGGGUCCCCGGGGGCCAGGGGCGCGCAGGAGGACGAGGAGGAGGACGACGACGCCUACGCGUUCCACUCCGGCGGCCUGUCGGCCGGGGACGUGGUGGCCGGCGGCUCCUCGUCGCUGAGUACCCUGGGGGGCUCCUUCUUCACCGACCCCUUCUUCCUGGUGGAGACGCUGUGCAUCGUCUGGUUCACCUUCGAGCUGCUCGUGCGCUUCUCCGCCUGCCCCAGCAAGCCCGCCUUCUUCCGCAACAUCAUGAACAUCAUCGACCUGGUGGCUAUCUUCCCCUACUUCAUCACCCUGGGCACCGAGCUGGUGCAGCAGCACGAGCAGCCCGCGGGCGGGGGCGGCCAGAACGGGCAGCAGGCCAUGUCGCUGGCCAUCCUGCGGGUCAUCCGCCUGGUGCGCGUGUUCCGCAUCUUCAAGCUCUCACGCCACUCCAAGGGGCUGCAGAUCCUGGGCAAGACGCUGCAGGCGUCCAUGCGCGAGCUGGGCCUGCUCAUCUUCUUCCUCUUCAUCGGCGUCAUCCUCUUCUCCAGCGCCGUCUACUUCGCCGAGGCCGACGACGACGACUCGCUCUUCCCCAGCAUCCCCGACGCCUUCUGGUGGGCGGUGGUCACCAUGACCACCGUGGGCUACGGGGACAUGUACCCCAUGACGGUGGGGGGCAAGAUCGUGGGCUCGCUGUGCGCCAUCGCGGGCGUCCUCACCAUCGCCCUGCCCGUGCCCGUCAUCGUGUCCAACUUCAACUACUUCUACCACCGCGAGACGGAGCAGGAGGAGCAAGGCCAGUACACGCACGUCACUUGCGGGCAGCCGGUGCCCGAUCUCAAGGCCACUGACAAUGGGCUGGGCAACAAGCCGGAGCUGUCCGAGGCGCCCCGGGACCGGAAAUCCAGCUACCUCCCCACGCCCCACCGGGGGUGCGCCUCGGAGAAGAGGAUGCUCACGGAGGUCUGA